AUGUGCUUCGAGCAUCCGGCUCCUACCCGCUAUAUCCCGUGUGGACAUACCGUCAACGACCCUGAACAACCAAGCUCCGUCAAGCCUGCCGAUCAUCCAUCCGCACCAGGCAGCCCUGGACCCGCGGUGACUACCCACGACAAACCCUUAGACGAUCCUUAUGAUGACUUCCCAUACAUCGGCAAUGGCAUUAGCGGCUGGGUCUGUGACAUGGGCGGAGGCCGUGCUGUCAAGAGGCCCAAGCUCUACCAACUCUGGCUCUACCCAGACGACAAGCAGCUGGAAUACAUGAACAAAGAACACCAGAUGAUGUUGGCGGAAGAGAUCAAAGUUUUUGAACGCCUAGGCCGCCACGAAGGGAUCAUCGAAUGCUUAAAAACAUCUCAGCACGGCAUCGAGAUGCCCCUUGCUGAACACGGAGACCUGAAGUCGUACAUGGAAGCACACCCAACACAACCAGCGGCAAUAACACACGCCGUCAAAAUGAACUGGACCCAGUCCCUCCUCGAAGCCUGCACAUACAUCCACUCGCGCAUGGUGCUGGUUGGGGACAUCGCGCUCCGCAACGUCCUAGUCAUGGGCGAUCUCCGACUCCAACUGACCGACUUCGGAAACGCGCUCAUGUUCCCGCUCGACGAAGGACUGGACAUUAACACGAUCAACGACCACGGUCUGACGGCGCAAGUGGAGAUCUUCCAUGUCGGCUGGAUCAUCUAUUCCAUUGCGACUUGGCACGCCCAUGAAUACGACGAUCUUGAUCCUGAGAAACCCGAGAAUCGGACUAACGACGAACAGUACGGGCCCUGGUGGCCUGAUGCGUCGCGAUUCCCGCCUCUUGAUGGUGUUUUCUGUGGCGAGAUUAUCGCGAAGUGCUGGGCGGCGGGGUAUAAGAGUAUGGAGGAGGUGAAGGGUGAGGUGGAUCGGCUGUUUGCUGCUGCGUCUUCUCUUGAAGAUACGGAUUCUGGGUUAUGA